AUACUUUAUAGCGCAAAUGAUGAUAUCAAAUAUUUAAGUUAGUUAAUUUCCUACUAAUCAGAAAGUGCGCGCCUCGGAGCCAUGGAGACUGUCAACGCCACAUACUCGUAUGUCACCAACCUGGAGGUAAUGGAGAUGCUGCAGAAAAUAAAGAGCUCUAAGAAAAAGUUUGGCAUGCGCAACCUGGCUACUGUAACAUAUGAGGCGUUGCAGUAUUUAGAGGACUCUCCCUGCAAAAAUCAAACACGUGAAUCCAUUACCAACUAUUUGCGUGAUCUGCGCAAUUAUCGACUGAAGCCCCACGAGAUGCUACAAAUGGUUAACGAUCCGCCCACGAGUCCCCUGCAUACACAGCUGCUUAUUGACGACAACAAAGCACCGCUUACCGAUACGGAAAACGAAAAGAUCAUUGAGCUGACACACACACAUUUCCAUAAUAGCGGCACAACGCAGCAACAGCAUAAUAGUUAAAUACAGGAUCGAAUUAAAAUGUAACUUGUUUUGUAUUUGAUGUAAUUUGCGUAUAAAAUAAGCACAGAUCGUAAACAAGAGAA